AUGGGGUCAUGAAAGCACAAAAUUUCCUAUCUCUUUUUUUUUCAAAACUGUUGCUAUUAGAACCCGAAGUGUUAUGUCGGGCUCAUUUGCGAAAGUUGCUAAUUAGACGCAGCGCUAAAAAUCUGUCAAAAGCCCGCCUUCACCAGAAAGAAAUAUUGGGUAAUUUUUGGGGAGAAGCAGAAUUAUUUGUUCCUCUUUUUAUUCUUGUGCCCCACCGAAUAUAUUCGGCAAUCGUUAAUACUAUUUUAAUUCUCAUUUUUGUAGCCAGUUUUAGAGGUAGUGAGUUUGCUGUUUCCUUUGUUAUAAUUGUGUCGUUAAUUUUGGCCUUUUUGAGUUUUUUUGUUUAUCAAAUUCAAAAAAAGAUUAACCGGCAGCAGAAUAAUUUUCGCCAGCAAGAAAACCAAGCCGCAGAAAAAUAUUUAGAAAAUCCCUCUGAGCCACAAAAACCAUCCGAGGGACCAAUUGAGAAACGACCGAAUUUGUGGACGUUGGUCUAA